AUGGGUUGGUUCAGUGACGACUCCGACCAGGCGAAUAGCUACAAUGAGUACAACAGCGCUCCAGUUGAAGAGCACGACCCCAGCCUCAUCCAUGAGCUGAUUGCUGGUGCUGCCAGCUACGAGGCCGCUAAGGCCUACGAGAACCACGUUGCCGAGAACGGUAAUUAUCCACAUCCUUUUGAUCGAUUCGCUGUGGUGAAUAAUGUGGUACUGACACCUGAUGUGAAACAACUAGGUCCCCCUGACAGCCAUGCACAGGCCAAGGAGAUCAUGGCUGGAUUCGCUGGUGCUUUCAUUGACCGCGAGGUCGAGACCAAGGGACUGGAUCUCAUUGACCGCGAGCGGGCCAAGUAUGAGGCCCAACAGCACAUUGACUCUGUCAACGACGGCGAGUACUAG